CAUUCACCACCCCGCGUUUCAAACUCAUUCCAUCGUCAGGUCAGCGUUGCCCCGCUCAACCGACAGUAUCCUCGUGAUCUUUCUUACCUAAGGUCAGGGAAAGGUACUUACGUAUUCGACGCAAUUCUUCCCUAGCAACUCACUACAUUAUCAACACACAACACCAUAACGCCAUCGUCAUCGCCACUCGCUUUUUCAUACAUCUUGGGAAGGAUAAAAAAGCAAAGCUUAUAUUGUCACUUCCUUAGAUUUAAUUGCCUUUUAAGCAAGCUUCAAUUAAUUAACAAGCUAUAGCUUCAAUUCUGAGCUUGAAAAGGCUUCCCUUGAGGUAAACAUCAAAAAAUUCGGCCACUCUUUCUUCUUGAUCGACGCAUACUCCGGACUGUAGUAUACCCUUUCUCCAGCCUAGCUUAAACAGCUAUUAAAUAAAUUAUAAAAGCUGUUCAUCAGCCAAAUAGUAGUCUUCGUAUCACACCGCCAGCAUGGAUGACUCGGGAUUACCACCUAACUGGGAGGUGCGCCACAGCAACUCCAAGAACCUUCCAUACUAUUUCAACGCGAGCGAGAAAAUCUCGCGCUGGGAGCCGCCUGCUGGGACCGAUACCGAGAAGUUGAAACAAUAUAUGGCGAUCCACCAUUCUACUUCGUCUCAGAUGGCUCCCGUCAGCCACCCAGAGGGCAAAAUCCGUGCCGCCCACCUACUAGUCAAACACCGCGACAGCCGACGACCUGCGAGCUGGCGCGAGAGCAAGAUUACCCGAACCAAGGAGGAAGCAAUGGCUAUUAUCAAGGGUCAUGAGCAGAAGAUCAAGAGUGGAACCGUGUCUCUUGGAGAGAUCGCCAUGACUGAAAGCGACUGCAGUUCGGCCAGAAAGAGGGGAGAUUUAGGAUACUUCGGUAAGGGAGACAUGCAAAAGGAAUUUGAAGAGGCUGCUUUCGCACUACAACCUGGCCAGAUGAGUGGUGUUGUAGAAACCGCAAGUGGGCUGCAUCUAAUCGAAAGGUUAGUUUAAGUCCCUGUGUAUUCUUAGGGGUGAGAAGUCUUGCUACUCACGCGCAUGGCUGCCUCUAUAUGAGGUUCACCGAACAUGAUGUUAAGCCACUGCUUAGAAUUUCAUAAUUCUUUAGCCUAGAACAGAGAGGCACAUCAAGAACAGCUCGAUUCUAUAUACUAAAAAUUACCAUGUGAUGUGACGCUUCUGUGCAGCUCAAUGAGCCUUUCUCCCCCAAUACCUCACAUAGUUCUAUGCCAGGAACCGAUUCCAAGUAGAUAUCCUGAAUUCUUUUAUAGAUCUUGUUAUAUUUA